UUCAAACUCUGUGUUUGAAGUUUGAACUUCAAAUUUCAAAACGUUAUAACAUAGAGGAAUAAAAUAUACUACGAGUACGAUAUAAUUAACUUCUACUUGAUACUUUUUUUUAAUUAAACCUUUUUAAUACAAUUUAACAAUGGUUAGAUUUAAGAAUAGAUAUAUUACUAUUGAAAUAGCAUCACCUGAAGUACCUGAAAGACAACCCCUAUAUUUGAAGCCAACGGCUGUUUACGAAGCUAUUUUAGCGAAAAUACAACAACUCCAUGGAGAUUUUGGUGUAGCUGCAGUACGGACCGGAUUUCUUACGAAAUACUGUAAUGAGAAUACAAGAAUAGCAAUAAUUAGGUGUAGACAUGGUCCACACCAAUUUGUUACAAGUAGCCUUCCAUUUAUUACUAAACUAGGACAGUACGAAGUGACUUUACAAACUCACCAUGUAGGAGCAACUCUUAAACAUAGUUUUAUAUUUAUUCAGAGAUAUCAUAGAAAAUUUUUAGAUUCAAUGUGGUCAAAUCUGCAUAGUGAUGAAGAUAAAAAAGCCCUUGAAAUUGCUGUAACUGAGUUUACAAGAGCUGAUGUAUCUAUGAUUAAAGACAAUCUAAUGUAAAAUCUUUUAUUAAAAAAAUUUUUGUUAGUUAUAAUAUAAUGUUGGUUAUGUAAAUAUAUUUAAAUGUUUCAUCA